CAGGGUGCCAGGCUCAGCCUGAGGCCUGAGACCCGGGCUGACCCCCGGGAGCCGGGAAAGGUUGGGGAUGAGCCGAACACAAGGGGAUGACCUCGCUCCCGGCCCGCUGUGGUUUUUCGCGGCCCCUAAAACCUAGCGGGCCUUUCGGGCCCUGGCCUGCCCGUGGCACCGCCACAUCGGGCCUAACAUGGCCGCUCGCGCUGGGACCCGCGGGGUGAGCGGAGAGCGGUGCCGAGGUACUAGGCUAGGGACCGUUCCCGGCAUUCCUUGCGGGCGUGGCGUGGGCUCCCUUUCCCCAUCUCCAGAUCCCGCGAGAGGGAGACCCUUGGGCUUUGAGAUUCCUUGAAACGUCAGAGACAGACGGGGCCAUCCAUCACAGACGCAGGGAGAAAGGGCUGUAGCAGCAACAGAGAGCUCUACAGAGUGCGUGUGCCUCAUAAGUUCUGGUAGUAUGGCCCAGGGCUUGAUUGAGGUAGAGCGAAAGUUCAUUCCUGGGCCUGGCACAGAGGAGCGGCUGCAAGAGUUGGGGGGUAUCCUGGAGCAUCAUGUCACCUUCCAAGACAUCUACUAUGACACCCCUGAGCUGAGCCUCAUGCGGGCUGACCACUGGCUGCGACAGCGGCAGAAUAGUGGAUGGGAGCUCAAAUGUCCUGGAGCAGCAGGUGUCUCAGGACCCCACACUAAGUACGUGGAACUCACAGCUGAGCCUGCAAUUGUGGCCCAGCUCUGUGAGGUGCUGGGGGCUGGGGUCCUGGGGGCUGGAGGUGUGGCAGCUGUGUUGGGCCCACUGAAGCUGCAGGAAGUGGCUAGUUUUGUGACUAAGCGUAGAGCCUGGAAACUGGUGCUAUCCAGAGCUAAUGAAGAAGAGCCACUGCUCAGAGUGGACCUGGAUACAGCUGACUUUGGCUACGCUGUUGGUGAGGUAGAGGCCAUGGUGCACGAAGAGGCUGAAGUCCCAGCUGCCCUAGAGAAGAUCAACAAGCUCAGCAGCAUGCUUGGUGUGCCGGCACAGGAGAAGGUACCUGCCAAGCUGAUUGUGUAUCUACAGCGCUUUCGGCCUCAGUACUAUCAGCGCCUACUAGAAGUGCACAGCUCCAGAGAGAAGCCACAGGGGACUAAAGAUGCUGACAGUAGCCUGGGCUAGGGUACUUCCUCGAUAACCGGGAAGAGAGCUCUGGGACUAACGGGGUUCAUUCCUUCGCUCACUGUGCCUCGUCCCCUGGCUUCCCUGCCCACAGUGACUCCUCUCUCACCAGCAUUGCCUCUUCCUUCACCCUACCCUCAGCUAUCCUUCGUCGAGCCCUCCCAGGCUGCCUCCUCUCCCUCAUCAGUCAGAUGCAAUCUGUGGGCCGCCCCUCUCCCCUGGCCGCUAAGCAGUCUCCAUUGAUUUCCGCUCGUGUUUAUAGGAUUUCCACUUAGCCGUGAUCAGUAGUUAAGCACAGGAAAAUCCCUUGCCACCCCCCCUCCCUUGGUCGAUGCCAUUGAUUCUGCCAGCAGCUCCUAAACUGCCUUACAGCUGAGUUAGAGAUGAGGCGAGGCAGCAGGGAUUUCCCUGCCUUGGGGUGCGGGGAAUAGUGGCAGGUUGGGGAAAUGGGGGGGGUCCCUGUGGGAAAUCUAGAAAUUCUGGUUUGAUUUUGCCAUGGUGCCCUGCUCUGGCCCAGAGGGUGGAAUACCUCCUGUGGAAGUUGGGGGGCAAAUCUGCUCCCCAGCCUAGAGAGGGGUAGAAAGAGAACCCUCCUUUGUUGAAACAGGUUCCGAAACCUCAGGGGGAAGAUACAUACUUCCUGUGAAGACUUUUCCCUUACUGUUAUUCAUAUAUGCUUUCUACCUCAAAUAUACACAAAAAUGGCUUUCCCCCCUCA